GCGCAAGAGAAGGAUCAUGGAACUCGAGAAUUUCGUGGCCAACAAUUUGUUGCUGAAGGCUCGUCAAGGAUUUAGCAAAAAGACUGGUCGUAGUAAGAAAUGGAAAGAGCUCCUGAAGUUGCCCCCAGUGAGCAUGUGCGCUGAGUUAAGAUCCUCCAUCGAAAAGGAUUUUAGCAGUCUUUGCGACAAACAGCCAAUUGGAAGACUUCUUUUUAGACAGUUCUGUGAUACAAAACCAGAUCUAAAGAGGUGCAUUGAAUUCUUGGAUGCAGUGAUAGAGUAUGAAGUUACCAUUGAAGAAGAACAAAGAGAAUUUGGACUAUCCAUCAUCAAUAGAUUCUUCAAAGAGAAGUCAGAAGUCCUCUUACCACAGAUACCUCCAGCUAUUGUGAAAGAGUGUAAAUGGAAUCUGAAGCAGAAUUCUCCCUCUCAAAAUGUUUUCAAAGAAUGUGCUGGAAUUGUCUAUAAGUAUUUGAGUGAAACACCAUUUAAAGAAUACCAAGAGAGUACCUACUAUAAUCGAUUUUUACAAUGGAAAUGGCUAGAAAGGCGUCCAGUGACAAAGAGCACAUUCAGACAAUAUAGAGUUCUAGGAAAAGGCGGAUUUGGAGAGGUUUGUGCCUGUCAAGUACGAGCUACAGGAAAAAUGUAUGCCUGCAAAAAACUAGAAAAAAAAAGAAUAAAGAAGAGGAGAGGUGAAACCAUGGCUCUGAAUGAAAAAAGAUUCUUAGAAAAAUUGCAUAGUAGAUUUGUAGUUAGUUUAGCCUACACUUAUGAAACCAAGGAUGCUUUGUGUUUGGUGCUAACCAUGAUGAAUGGAGGGGAUUUGAAGUACCACAUUUACAACCUGGGCAAUCCUGGCUUUGAGGAGCCGAGAGCUGUGUUCUAUGCUGCAGAGCUGUGCUGUGGCUUGGAAGAUUUACAGAGGGAAAGAAUUGUAAACAGAGACCUAAAGCCAGAGAAUAUCCUCCUUGAUGAUCACGGACACAUCCGAAUUUCAGAUCUUGGUCUAGCUAUGGAAGUCCCAGAAGGGCAUAUGGUUCGAGGAAGAGUUGGUACUGUUGGCUACAUGGCUCCAGAAAUUAUCAAUCAUGAAAAGUAUACAUUUAGUCCUGAUUGGUGGGGACUUGGAUGUCUGAUAUAUGAAAUGAUUGCUGGACAUUCUCCAUUCAGAAAAUAUAAAGAAAAAGUCAGCCGGGAGGAAUUAGAAAGAAGAGUGACGAAUGAAACUGUUGAGUACUCUGAGAGGUUUUCAGAGGAUGCCAAGUCCAUCUGCAGCAUGUUAUUCAUCAAAGAUCCAAGUAAACGGCUGGGCUGCCAGAGUGAUGGAGCCUCUGCUGUAAAGCGGCACCCAAUAUUCAAAAACAUUAACUUCAGCAGGCUGGAAGCAAAUAUGUUAGAUCCACCUUUCAUUCCUGAUCCUCAGGCCAUUUAUUGUAAGGAUAUCUUGGAUAUUGGGCAGUUCUCUGUGGUGAAAGGAGUCAGCCUGGACACCAAUGAUGAGGCCUUCUACACCCAAUUUGCGACAGGGUGUGUCACCAUCCCCUGGCAGAAUGAGAUGAUUGAAUCUGGAUGCUUCAAGGACAUCAAUGAAAAUGAAGAUGCAGAUUUGCUAUCACCUGAAAAACACAAGAUAUGUCCCUCCAUUCUCAGAUCAAGGAGAAACUUCUUCCAUAGACUCUUCAGAAGAGCGGGCUGCCUGAACAUUGCCCCCAGUGAGGAGAGGGAGCCAACAGAACACUGACCAUUCACUGUGCAGACUACAAAGCAAGACCCUGAUGUUAAGAAGGAAUCUAUCACAUGCUCAGUGUCUUGUCCUUUCCAUAAAUUGUAAUAAACUGUCUGUAACACUGUUUAUAAUGUGCUUUCAUGUAUUUUUUACAUUAAUAUUUGUAUUGUCCUUUUACUGAAGCUGGAUUAAAGAAGAACCCUGAGA